AGUAUCCACAUGUAGAUUUGGAGGGCGGGUCUUCAACACAGGGAUUUCCCCUCUCUCUUUCAUUAAAGCUCGAAUUGUUUGUUCAGGGAGGAGAAGGACUGUUAGACCAUUCAAAUCAGUUAGAGAUGUUUCAUGAAUGAAGGGGAUCACUUUGAGGUGAGAAGUGGAUGCAGGUUGAAGGUUGCAGAUGUUUUCUGGAAUUUAUUACCAUUGUCACAAUGUUGCUUUGUGCUCUGCUUCUCUUAUCGUUCUUAGAUUAACAGUGAGUGAUGCAAACAGGCUCCUCCUUCUUGAAUUUGGUUGACACCCCCCUGGACUGCUGCAGGACUUACCCACCUGGAGGUCAAACCUUUGUUGCCUUCUGCAUGAGUGCAGGUUGUGGCCUUCUGCUGCUGAGUAUCAUUUGGUCCUUUGGUAUUAUUUUGGAACUAAUAAAUUAUCUCCUCAAUGUUUUAUUUGCGCAGUUUCGCAGAUUUUGUAAGUGAUAGGGCAGUGUAAUCAGGAAUCUUCUUUCAAGAGUCUGCGCAAAGAAGCUUUCAGAAGAUAAAUGGGAAACCAGUAGAGGAAAUAAGCCCGUCUUCCUGUCAACGGCUGCUGAACAUGGCUCUCAAUGUCCCGGGUGUUGUUGCGGUGGUGCUGUUCUACUUACUGAUCCUGGGGACGGGCGUGUGGGCCGCCCAGAAGUCCAGAAGAGCUGAGAGGAAAUGCACCGGGGACCAGACUGCAGUGGUGCUCCUCGGAGACCGGAACAUCAACCUGGUGGUGGGCAUCUUCACCACGACAGCUACAUGGGUUGGAGGAGGUUUCAUCCUGGGGCUGGCUGAGGCCGUCUACACCCCCAAAAUGGGCUUAAUCUGGGCUCUUAUGCCUCUACAAUACUCAGUGUCCUUUAUCUUUGGUGGUCUUUUCUUUGCAAAACCGAUGAGAGAAAAGAAAUACAUCACCAUGAUGGACCCGUUCCAGGAAAAGUAUGGGAGUAUCCUGAGUGGUGCUCUGGUGCUGCCGUGUCUGGUGGUGGAGGUGCUGUGGGUGUCCUGCACGCUGCUUGGGUUAGGAUCCACCAUGAGUGUGAUACUGGACUUACCCUUCAGCUACUCUGUGUGGAUCUCAGCCGCUGUGGCCAUCGUCUACACCUUGUUGGGAGGCCUCUACUCAGUGGCCUACACUGACGUCAUCCAGCUGACUCUCACAUUCCUCAGUCUGUGGCUUUGUGUUCCCUUCCUUCUGGUCAAUAACACAGCGAUGAGCAUUACCAAGACGGCCUUCAAUCACACUUUUCAAGAGCCCUGGGUUGGAACUCUGGAUAAAGAUAGUGUCUGGAAGUGGAUCGAUGACUUCCUCAUGCUGGCUCUCGGUAGUGUUUCAUUUCAAAGCUUCCACCAGAGGACGCUGUCCGCCUCCUCAUCACUGACAGCCCAGUUAACCUGCUACGCCGCUGCCGUUGUCAUCGCCAUACUGGGAAUCCCUCCCGUCCUGGUUGGGGCCGUCGCCGCUUCCACAGACUGGAACUUGACUCUGUACGGUUCUCCAUCUCCAUAUGUACGCGGGGAACACAGUUUGGUCCUUCCUCUCACCCUGCAGUACCUCACUCCAUCUUAUAUUUCAAUCAUUGGAAUUGGCGCUGUGGCCGCUGCCGUCAUGUCAUCCACAGACUCCAGCCUGCUGUCGGCAACGUCUGUGUUCUCCUUAAACAUCUACAAAAACAUCCUGCGAACAAAGGCAUCGGACUAUGAAAUGAAGUGGGUGAUUCGAAUCUCUGUGGUGUCGGUGGGUCUGGUUGGGACUUCCAUCACGUUCUUCACCAGCAGCACCCUGGUCCUCUGGAUUCUGGGAGCCGACGUCUCCUACACCCUCAUGUUCCCACACCUGGUUUCAGUGCUCUUCUUUAAAAUAACUAACGGUUACGGUGCCACAGUGGGUUACGUGGUUGGGCUGGCUCUGAGGAUUCUGUUGGGAGAAAACGUUUUGGGGAUUCCUAUUGUUCUCCAGCUUCCAGGCUGUACUCUGGAGGAUGGCGUCUUGGUCCAAAAGUCUCCUGUCAGGACCGUGUCCAUGCUGGUUACCUUGGUAACCAUCUUGGUGUUUUCUUCGCUGGCUUUUUUCCUCUUCAACCGUGGCCUCCUCCCUGAGAGGUGGGACGUCUUCAAAGUGAAACCUGUUGUUGCCGUUUCACCGCAGGAUCCCGUCACACAGAACCUCAAAGAGGAUGAUGCUGAGUGUGAGGAGAGCAGCUAUGGAGUUUCCUUACAGCCACUGACGCAGACUAGAACUUAAUUUGUUCCAAAAAGAUCCCAUGAUUGGUGAAAUCUGUGAGGUAGUAACCUUUAUUUAUUUUUUUUACAAUUAUUAUACAAGGCUUCAAAUUGCGGAGAUCAGCACCGCCCCACCGCGACCCGAGUAAUUGGAUUUGAAUGGGAGAAAAUGAAAAAUGAUUAUGAUUAUGAAAGUACAGUGGGACAAACCAUAUUUCACUGCUUUUAUGACUGUGCCGCUGCAUCCUGACUCCGCCU